AUGAGUUCACAUGCUACCAAAAUGCUCCUCCUUUUCUUUGUUUGGUAUGCUUCAAUCUGUCUCACUUCUGGUAUGUCUGAUGAGUAUUCCAUUCGGAAUAUAGGUCUAGACAAGUUCACCUUUGAGAAAGAAGUCUUCCACCUAUUCCAAAUGUGGAAGAAAGAGACUCAACGAGAAUGCCAAACCCUAGAAGAGGAGGUACAUAUAUUUCAUGUUUUCAAAAGCAAUUUGAAGUACAUCAGAGAGAAAAAUGCAGAAAGGAAGUCACCCGGUGACUACAGUUUGGACCUGAACAAAUUUUCUGAUAUGAGUUAUGAAGAGUUCAGCAAAAUCUACUUACAUGAGACUGAGGAACCCAUGAUAGAAAGCAACAGUAGCAGAAUAGUAUUGAACGACAUAGCCUGUCCCACCGCACCUUCUUCAUUCGAUUGGAGAACCGAAGGAGCUCAAAUAAAAUUCAUGUUUAUGGACACUUGUUGGGCAUUCUCUGCAACUCGAGCUAUGGAAGGAAUAAAUAAAAUAGUCUCAGGACAGCUUCUGGCUCUUUCUGAACAGCAACUCAUAUCCUGCGAUCAGAAAUGCACAGGUUGCAAGGGAGGUGGGUGGUACGCUUACGCAUUUCAAUAUGUCAUCAACAAUAAUGGUAUUGCAUCAGAAAAAGAUUAUCCAUGUACGGCUGACAACAGUGUUUGCAAUAACGCAUUGGCACAAAAGAAAUCCGCUACUAUUGAUGGCUACAAGUAUUGGUAUCACAACCCUGUGUCCGAAAGUUCUCUCCGUUGCUUAGUUUUCAAGCAACCUGUUAGUGUUUCCCUAUUUGCAAGCCGAGAUUUUCAGUCUUAUAAUGGUGGAAUUUUUAGGGGAAAUGAUUGCUCAGGAAUCGGUUAA